GAAGGGUGAUGUGGCUGGGGCUUCGCCGGCCUCACUAUGUCUGCCAUUUUCAAUUUUCAGAGUCUUCUGACUGUAAUCUUGCUGCUUAUUUGUACCUGUGCUUACAUCCGAUCUUUGGCACCCAGGCUCCUGGACAGAAAUAAAACUGGAUUGUUGGGUAUAUUUUGGAAGUGUGCCAGAAUUGGUGAGCGCAAGAGUCCUUAUGUGGCGGUGUGCUGUAUAGUGAUGGCCUUCAGCAUCCUUUUCAUACAGUAGCUUGGCGAAAUGCCAGAAUUUAAUAAUCAUCAGAUUUCAACAUAAGAAAAGGACUUAUCAACAGCAAAUAAUGGAAAGAAUGGUUUACUCUUUUAUCUCAGAACACUGAAUGAGAUAAAUUUCUAGCUGCUGUUCUCUAUUUUUGUUAUUGGACCAAUAUUAUAAUUAGGAUGUAAUCAUUUAAUAUUCAAGAGUUUAAUAUGUCUGUAACAGCCUCAGUACUGUCACUAUAAUAUUGCAUUCUGCAUAUGUCAUUCUGUUGUGUCAGAUACCAUCUUUUGGUAAGGUAUCUCAGAGUGCACAGUAGAAAACAAAAUUGGUAAAUAGCUCAAGUUCCUUUCACUGUGAUUUGGAAAUGAUAAAUCUUUAUAAAAUGAGACUUUUUGAACAAGGU